AUGCCGCCAAAGAAGAAGGGCCAUACCCUCGUGGGGAAGCAGAAGGUGUUCCGGCAUGCCGUCGAGCAUGUGCGCCUCGGGCUGGGACACACGGUUCUCGGCAACCUCAGCCUCGGUCUCGCAGCCUCGAGUACGAGCGCUGCGGGAGGCAGCUCGACAGCAGGCCGCCCUGCCUUCUAUCUCGAGCUCAAUGAGCAGCUUCUUUCGCACACCUCAAAGGACUUCAAGAAGUUCCGCUGGGAAGUGCUGGAGUUGUGCGAGACGGACUCCCUCUUUCAACUGCACCAUCGCCAGCUUGCUCAGAAGCUGCUGGCUUGCUUGAUAGACCGUGGAACGCACCGCGCCGACGAGACCGCGGAUGCGUCGAUAGGCUCAAAGAAAGCAAAGCCUGUGUCGGUGCAGCAGCAGCCCGGGGAUGGGUCAACGACGCAGGCGUACGAGGCCUUUGCGCGACUGACCAUUGCGUUUGUGCGAGACAUGGGCAGCAAGUUCCUGCCCUACUUUCAGAUCUUUCAGCAGGCAGUGCAGGCUGGCAUUUACGACCACUCUGGGCACAUGAUCGUGGACACAGCUCGGCUGCAACUGGUGUUCACCGUGCAGGCAGCGUGGUGUCGCGAGCUACGCGACUGCUGGGCCGACCCAGCUCACACCGCUCUCGUCCGUCGGGUGGUUCAGCAAUACGUUGGCCAACUGCAUGACACAAAGGAAUACGUGCGGCGGCUGUCGGCGGAGCUGCUCGCCUUUUUGUGUCGUCUGAGCCGCCAGCUGCUGCCGCUGGUGGUGGAGGAGGCAUGUGGUGAUGUGCUGCGCAGCUACGAAGAGACUGCAACCGCCACCACCACCGCCGCCGCCGCCGCAGCAGCAGCAGCAGAACGCGACGGGGACGAAGCGAGUAGUCGUGGCAGUGCCAGUGAGCACGACGGCGACAAGGAGGUGAGUGAAGAGGAAAACAGUGAUGGGCAGAACUUUGUUAAGACGGCACUGGUCGCAGGAAUUUGGGUGAACAGCGCGCUGCUGCUCGAUUUUGUACGGACGACGCUACCAAAUCAUCCAGUUGUGGAUGGGCUGACGUACUUUAUCGCGGAACUAUUUCGCGGCGUGCGCGGGUCGCUCAGCUCCUCCUUUGAAACCCACCACGUGCGGCUCCUGCACAUUUUCCAGAUGUUGACGCUGCAAGGCGGAGACGUGGGGGAGGCGCGCUCGUCCGUUGAUGUUGUGCAGCGCUUGCACGAGCUUCGUCACCCGCUCGUUCCCUUCCUCGACGCCGUCAACGAGGAGGACGAGGCGCUGCAGCACACCCGGAAGCAGCGGUCUGCCGACCUUCACUCCACGCGCUGGUCUGCCGUCUUUGGGGUGUCAAAUCACAGCGAGGGGGGAGAGGAAGGUGCGACUGUGCAUAGCGUCAGUGAUGUCCAUGGGGCCCAGUACCUUCUGCGCAGCAUAGGCAGCCUAGCACUGGGCAGUGCUGCUGCGAUAGUGCUGCGUGAGACCAAGAAGCACUCAGCCCUCCCUCAGCAGGACUCUUCCGACGAGAAUGAGCUCGGCGACAGUGCUUCAGCGGAGGCGCCGGAGGUAAGCGGUGCCGUCUCCGCUGUGAGCGGCGCCAACAUGCGCCCCAGCCACCGCAUUCUCGCGGCGGCCGUGCUCAGCCUCGACUCCACCAGCUUGUCGCCGUUGGGGCCACAGUACAUUCACUUCCUUACGGCAGUGAUGGGGUCUGUUAACUUCGCGCUGUGGGUGGACAGUCGUGAGUCGGCGCUACUGAAGCGCCUCGCAGCGCAGCUACUCGCGGUACUUCGCCAGCGACAUUCCCGUGCGUCUUUCGACGCUGCCACUGCAACGGAGAACGCUGAAGCUGAUGCAACAUGCCUGCUGGAGGUGGCGGCUGCCGCUCUCGGCCUUCUUUCUCCGCUCUGUUUGUCUCCCUACCUUGGCUCGUCCGCGGGCGCCGGCGCCGAUGCAUCUUCGUAUCUCCUACAGCUGCAGCAGUGGUUUGUGCCGGUCGCCAAGGCAGCUGUGCACGUGUGCGUCAAGGCAGCCGCCAAGGCGUCGCCGAGCAUCACGCGGUGUCACCGCACUGAAGAGGCGCACCAAAUCCUCUUCGCUUUCGUGCAAGACGUGCUGCAGAAGAACUACGCUUUCGCCCUCGAGCAAGAGCGCCGCAUCGCCGAGGAGGCUGACGCACGUGAUCUCGUGGGAAGGGAAGGCGGUGCACGUCGUGCUGACAGCAUCGAUGACCUGGAUGACACCCGCGAAGAUGCCUACAUAUCAGAGGAUGAUAGCGAUGCGGAUGAGAAUGACGAGGGGGAUGCCUACGCCGCUAAGCGUGCGCUGCAACGCCGCGAGCGCCUGCGCAUUCCGUCCUCCCUUACUCCUUUCGCCCUCACCCUACUGCACACAAUUGGCUUGGUCCUCUGCCAGGGCGCCACAGCGGACGUGCGCGAGCUGCGCAGUGCUGCUACAAAUGCGGCCGCUAUGUUGACCCCGUCCGACGGGGCCAUGAUCACCGCGCUGCGCCAUUCAAACGUCCGCCGUGCGGUGCUGCUGAGUCGACUCCUGCAGGAUCACACGCAGCACAUGGUGGUGAGCCCGCUUCAACAGCUGCUCCGCCUCAAAUCGAUGCCGUCCGCCUCAGUCAAGGCAAGUAACACCAAAGGAAACAGCACUGCUGCAGAAACGAGCAAGGAAGUGUCGAUACGAGACGUACUCGAGAUGAUGUCACUGGAACUUCUCUGGUACUACAAGGCAACGCAGCGCUUUGCGCCGUCCUCAAUCGUGUCGGAGGCAAUGGCGUACGUGUCUUGUGCCUUGCCACCCAUCCAGCUGCUGGUGUCGACCACAGUGGCGACAUCCUCCUCGUCCUCUCCCGUGAGGACGGCCCUCCUGAACCUCCUGCAGAGCAUCGAGGAGCAGGACCAGGAAAAUGCGAAGUCCUCUCAACCGGCUGUGAGGACAGCCGCAAUGACGUCGUCACUAGUUCGCGCCACCGCAUUGGACCCAGCCGUCUACGCGUUAUACGCGGAGGUGGCGGCCAUGCUGGUGCAGCUGACCGCCGGACCUUCGGCACGCAGCAGCACGAAGUUGUUGAAAAAGGUAGCCAAAAAGAGACAGCACACCGUCGAGGACGCUGUGUGUGACGACAGCACCAUAUGCUAUGGUGAUCAAGAGGGCCUACAUCACCUUUGCCGCACCGUGGCGGUGCUUGCACAUGGUUUCCAGCAACUUCGCGCUGCCACAUCAUCACGUGGAGCUUCGGGAGGCAGCAGCAGAAACAGCCUUGCUGACGAAAACCCGGAGUUCGCAGCUGCAACGGCCGCUGUCACGGAUGAGGCACGCGUUCAGCUCCUACACGGCGCUGAGGUGUUGCUGCACGCACUGCUCCGGAUGCUCAGUCUCGACGCGAACAGUCAGCUCUGCGAGGAUAAUGCUGGGACUGGGGUCGCUGCCCUCAUGCCGAUAUGUGGCAAGCCUGCACAUGCAGCGGAGGUGCUUCCUGCUCAUACACGCACAGCCCUGCGUACUCUCCGUGCAGCACUGCCAAGCGCUCUUCACAGAGCGUUUGUACAGGAUGUGCUCCUCGAGUGCCUCGCUGCCCCGAUUCCUGGUCUUCGCCUAUUGGCACUGCGGCUGCUACGUCUUGUGUGCCAUCCCUCCCUGGACACGGUGGAUCGUUUCACCGAUGCCCCGGUAGUACCGCUCGACCUGAUUGAUGCGCUGCUCAGAGCCGCGCAUUUCAACCCGCUCUCGCACACCGGCAAGCUCGAUGGCAUGCGACAGGAGCUAUCCCAUCUGACAUACCAAGUGGAGUCUGGCGUCAUCACACACCCGUUCCAUCGUAAACUCAUUGCGCACACGAUGAUUGGUUUCCUGUACAUGAAGUUCGCCGGUGCGUGGGCAAUCGCGUCGAAGGUGCUGUGCAGCUUGGUAGCGCUGGAGCAAACGAGUCUGCCGAACGUCAAGGACCUCGAUGACGACGACCACAACACUGAGGAGGGGCGUGAUGAGCAAGGGGACGAAGCGACGCUGAUCGCUAGCAGCAGCAGUACAAGCCUCGCCACACCGGCGCAGCACCACGAGUCGAAGCGUCGCCGGUGGUUGGAGCCGGUGGUGUGGAACUCCGUCGUGUGCGUUUACGCCAGAGCCCUGAUCAUGGGUGACGUAGUCGCCACCAGUCGUGUGAAUUCGUCGGCGGAGGUAGUGCCCUUGCGUAGUGGUGAGCACACGGUCGCCGACGACACAGAUGACGCAGCGGCCGCCAUCAUAUCGUGUCAGGCGCAGCUCGCCGGGCUGCCGUGCCUCUACGGCAUCCACCUCACCGACCAACAGCGCCACGCCAAGGGUGAGCUGGUGAGCCGUGUCUUCUCCAGCACCCAAUACAGCACUGCGGCGGUGACGCUGCUGAACAGCACCAAGGCAGAUUACGAAGUGGUACGCUGGGACCAGCAUUGGGUCGCAUCGCAGCGUUACAUGAACAACUCAGGCAGCACAACAAUGGCGGCGACCAGCCGCAAGCAGCAGCACAUCAACGCCACCACAGCUGCCUUGGACGCCACCUCCACCGACCGCUCCACUCUUGCCGAGACAUUCCUCUCCAUAAUGGAGGCGAUGGUGAAGUCGAGCUCCGCAAUCGAUUGCAAAGUGCGCCUCGUGGAAGAUGUCGUGCUCGAGCUUGUUGCGGUGGAGCAGAAUCGCCAUCCAGACGGCAUCAACGGCUCGCAGCUCCGCAAAUUCGACAAGCGGUUGGAAGCUGCAAUGCGGGCAUGUGCCACCGCGCCGAGUGGGGUGCUGACCGCACACCAGCGCAAGCGUGUCGCCGCGGCUGUGCAGUGCGACAUUGACGCCCGAAACGCACAGCUGCAGGGUAUAUUCCUUUCCUACCUCUCCGAGGCGAACCCGCGGCUUCAGCGCGUGGCCGUGGACAACCUCAAGCGCCUGCGUGUGGAGCCGUUCCACACAUAUCACGCAAAACUUAUCCCGUAUUGCGACAGCAUGAAAAACCUCUUCGCCUUCCUCAGCACCUUUCACGUCGAGAGCGACGUGCCGGCGCAUGACGUCGUCGCGUACGUCUCAUCAGCUCUGUCCCUCGCGUUGCCGAAGUUGCUGACGAAGGUAUCCAAGAAAAAGCUGAAGGAUCAGGCGGUGCUAAGUCGGCGGCUGAUGAAUUAUCUGGAGCAUCUUACUCCGUCGGUGGCAAUGAGCAGCAGUGCUGGUGCUGCAAAGGACCCUCUCGCAGAGGUGUUUGACCAGCUGCUGCACCGCCUCUUGUCCUUCGCCAUGCCGGCAUCGACUACGUCGACGCCCGUGGCUGCUGGCGGCGCGAGUGCGUACGACUUUCUCACAAACGUGUGGAUGGACAUUGUGUACGGAGGAUGUAAUGUGUUGCCUGCGAAGGAGGCAAGUGGCGGUGCAACGGGCAUGGCCACCGUCUCAGAGCCGCGCCGGCGCACCAGCCACCACGGUGUUCGACGCCUUGAGCGCUUCAUGAAGCAACUCGGCAGAGCGCUGCGGCUUCUGGAGGUGAUGCUGCACGCUGUGGGGCAGCGCUUCUCGGUCUACGUCUCAACGUGCCUGCAUGUAGCCCUCCAAGCCUACCUCGUGGCGUGCAAGCAGUCGCUGCGUGCACCAUUGGACGACCUUCUCACGAGCCUCACUAGUCACCAAGUGACAGCACAGGAGGAAGGAGUGCGGCGGUGGGCCGCCUUGCUGAGCAAAUCACUGGCCAACAGCGCUAUCUCGACGUCUAUGGCCCACGUCCGUCGCGCCGCCAUGACGACUGUGGCGCUGUUGUUCGAGCAAUUCCCUGAGGACGUCAUGAAGGUUCUGCGUGGCAGAAGUGACGCGAGCGUCUGCGGGAGUGGCGGCGCAGUGGGCAAUGAUGCCGCCACUCCCGCGCUCCCCCUCUUCACGCGCUACCUCAACAUGCUCUUUGAGAACUCCAAAGGCACCACGCUGGACUGUGACAGUGGCACGCUUGCCAUCAGCGCCAGUCGGCGCGGCGUUGCGGCGGGGACGAAGGGCGCUGUUACCCCGGUGCUGCGCCUCUUGAGAGCGUGGGUCCGCAGCCCGGCCCUUCUUCCGCUGUUUUCCGCCUACGCGAGCAUCGCAGUCGGGACACUGGAGGAGGUGUUUGCCAUGAACCACAGUGCGACCUCGGUGCACCGUGCCUCGCCGCAGGCUCUCAACGAAGGUCUCCACUGUGUCUCGGAGCUGCUGAGCUACGCAGACGAGCAGGUAAAGGAGCUCCCUGCGGUCUCUUCGGUGGCUGCGAGCAAUAAGGGCGGAGUGUGCCGCGGUCGCCUGCCGGAGGUGACGACGUUUCGGCACUCCUUCCUGGAGCAGCACAUUAUGGCCAUCUUCACCGCCCUCUACACUCUCCUUACUUCUGGCGCUGCGCGAGAGGAGGAAGCCGCGGCAAUGUCAACAGGCUCGGUGGAGGCGGUGGCGGCGCGCGCGGAGCAGCGAAAGCCGUCACGCAGCGGCAAGCCGAUCCGCACGGCCUCGCCAAAGGGUCGCCAGAGUGCGCGCAACCGGGAAAGGCCAACGGCUAUCAUGUCUCUCAGUGUGCCCAUAUGGCGAGAGUUGAUGCGCACCAUUGCGCAGCUGUCGAGAUUCCUGCGUGUCGACUCGGCGACGUCGACGUCGGCGUCCUCGCUGUCGAGCAUGAUGAGCCAUCUACUCGAGCUGGCACUGAAGAUGGUCGCCCAUCCGGUGUGCAUAACGGACUCGUCUACAACGCAGAUGGUGACGAGCAUCGCCCAGGCCCUGAUGGAGCAGGUGGCGGAGGUCGACUGCCGAGCCCACUGGCAGCCAUUGGUGCGGCUCUUCAACUUGGUUGCCAGCCCACACGCCCGGCACACACUCUGUGCCAUACUCUCGGUGGCGGUGUCAAAGCUCACCCUGCCAGGAUCGCCGCUGUCGGUCAGCCCAUCACAAGUGGUGUGGUUUCGUCGCCAGCUCACCGCAGCGGCGCGUGCGGUCGCCUGCUUGAAUAGCUUUGAAAGCGACGAGACGUUUGAGCGGUACGAUUUUGACCUACGCUACCACACCCUGCGCUCUCUUCACAGUUUCUUCGCUCACUUCGGUAACUACGGUGCCCUUCACCGUGGUAGCAGCAGCAACGGUGAAAGCGACACCAGCGGGGUGCGGAAGGUGCGGGCGUAUGACGGUGCCGAGGAUGUGCAGCUGCCUCUCGACAAAGAGCACGCGCCAGUGCUUGCGGCCGAAGCAGUGGCAGUUUUGGCUGCGAACAUCCUCUUUUUCCUACGUGACCCCGAGCAGACAAUCCGCGCACUUGUGCUGCCGUUGCUACACUCGAUGGUACGCUACGCCUCCCUGGGUGGACAGCGCGGCAGCGGCGGUGCAGCACUCACGGAACAGCAGCUGGCGUACAGGACACAGCUGCUGGAGAGUACGCUACGUCACGAGGUACUCGCCUCCCUGCGGCGCGGCGUCGUAGCCAAGGAUGUUCACAUUCGCUGUGCGCAUAUGCAGGCACUUGAGGGCUUCGGACGCCACUUCAGUGCUGAGUUUCCCAGCUUUGCUCUGCUGUACUCCCCCAACACGGAGCAGAACUUCUACACAAACGUCGGUCACGUCCAGCAUAGGUGCCGCCUACACGCCCUAGCGGUGCUGCGGCAGCAUGCUGCGGAGAUGAACGUGCGUGACGUGUUGCGCGUCUUUGUGCCGUUUCUGAUGAGCGCUGUGAAGGACUUUGCGGAGGGUAAGCGCAACCAGGCCAACCUCACGGAGGGUCGCGCGCGUGGCUACUGCGAUGCCGUGCUGCUCACAGUGAGCUCCAUUGCGGCAAGCCUGCCGUGGAUGGCGUACUACCGCGUGAUGUCGCUUUUUCUUUCCAACGCGAGUGCAAAUGCCAACUUGCGGGCAACGAUGCUGCGCGGUGUGGUCCAGGUGCUCAACAACUUCAGUUUUCUGGACAACCCUGCUGAGACUGGCGGGGAAGGUGCAGCGCCAUCGCUGUCGACCACAACGGUGGCGCCCUUGGACAAGGAGAGGGAAGUCGAGGACGACGAGGUCAACAACGCUGACGAUGUGGUGCGUACUGAUCUAUCCGCGAAGCAGCGUGAGUACCGUCGCGCGAAGGUGAUGAGGACGCUCGAGGUCGACGUACUGCCGCAGCUGUACAGUUACAUGUGUGACAAGGAAGCAAGCAAGGCGAUCAGCGGCCGCGGCGCCGUCAACCAGCACAGCAUCACUGCCGUGCGUCGGGAGCAGGAGCGCGAAGACGCCGCGGGGACACAGGCAAAAAAUGCGCUUCUGCACCUGCCCGUGGCGAUGGCCAUCACAAAGAUUGUGAAGCGUUUCCCAGAGGACCGCUUCAACGUGCACGUCGACCACCUGCUCGACGAGCUCAUCAAGAAGCUGCGCACGAAGAAUGACAAGCAUCGGGAGAGCGCGCGCCGAAUUAUUGGCGCGAUGCUGCAGGAGACGGGACCAUCCAAGCUGAAGUUCGUCGUGACAAAGCUGAAAGACAACCUCGCCCAUGGUUACCAGCUCCACGUGCUCGGCUACACAGUCGUGACGCUCCUGCACCAGCUCUAUGAGCCGAACAGCAAGCUUCUACAACCGUCCAAGUCCUCCUCGUCCACUGCAGUGGUCCCCUCCUCCCACCCGCCCACACACGGCGCUCCUCACGAUCCGGUGCAGGAAGCCCUUAAGGGGUCCAAGAAACAUCACCGGCGCGACAACUCGUCACCGCCGCCGUCGCGCCGGCAGCGCAUGGAGAAGGCUUCGGACGACAAUGACGGCAAGAGCGAUACCAACCCACCACCAGACGCGGAGGUAGACCCAGACACCGCCGUGGAGCGCGCGGAGGAGGCGCUAUUGCGAGAGCUUGGCACUGCCACGCACGCCGGGUUCGACUACCGGUACGGCGUUGACUGCCUCACUGAGGUGCUGAACGACCUGCUGCUCAUCUUCCUGGACGACUACCUUGGCGAAGUGGGGGUGCAGAAGGAGCAGGUGGAGGUGAUGAGCACCAUGGUGGAAGUGAAGCGCAACCGGGCGCUGCAGGGCUUCGCUUUUCUCGGCAGGCACUGCGACGCCGCGACAGUUAUGGAGGCGUUCCUUCACCGCAUCACGUGGGUGCUCACACCACCAUCCGACACCGCCAUCAGUGCGGGGGAGCUGCAUGGCAGCGCCCGAGCCCGCGCGUUGCUGGUACAAGAAAUGAGGAGCAAGUACAGGACCGUCAGCAAAGGCGGGAGUGCAGAUCUGAUUUUUGUGAACAAGGUGCGCCUGCUCGCCGUACGCGUUGCACGCUCGCUCAUGGCAAACCCGACGAUGUCAGUGGAGAAGUCGUUUGAGCAGGUGCGCCGCUUGCUCGACCAGCACAAUCGCACGCGUGAGGAGAAGAUCGCCGCGUUCGAGGCGAAAGAUGGCACGCGUCGCAUCCGCGGCAACGCGCACCUCAUCCUCCACGCGGCAGACCGCCAGAGCCGCAAGGAGCAACUGGAUCAGAACUACCUCGUCGCCCCAGUGCCGGAGCGCGUCGACGUCGAUUUCAGUGCUCAAACCGUCCUCGCCACUCAGCAGAAGCAGAAACUGCGAGUGUACCGCGGUCGGUACGGGAAGGAGGUAGUCGAGGCGGCGAAGAACUUCUACCGCGAGGACCCGGUCACCGCCGUCGUGCUCGAUACCCUCGAUGAGUUCCUCUUGAAGUUUCUGCUCAGCGUGCUAAAACAGGUGCUAGGGAUCGGCAAAGAGAAGCGUUACUCGAAAGCGGCCAUGAAGCUGGACAUGCUGCGCCACCACCGAGCGCAGCAGCAAAAGUGGAGGAUCGAUGGGGAGGACAGUGCGACGUCAGAAGACGACGAGGCUGUCCAAGAGCAAGAGGACCACGUCGAUCAAGCGCAGGAGACUCACACAACACGCAAUUCGGAGGAAGAGGAUGAAGAAGAGGGCGGCGCAGCGGGCACCGACGCUGUUGAGAACAACGAGGACGUGGACGGGCUGGGGUCGUUUGCGGAGGCGCAAGCAGUGGCAGAGGGGGACGCGAAGCAUGUCACCCGUCAGGCGCGUGCCGAGACACAGCUGGCAACGGCCCUCCUAGCCCCCGGAAGCGACCUCACAGUCACCUUCACACGCGAGCACCGUGGCCUGCUUGAGUCGCUCGUCCCCGCUGUUCUCACGUGCCUGCAGGGCGAAGGCAGCGACGCGGUCGUCGCGAACGCACUCGAUUGCCUGCUCGCGCUUGUCUCCCUGCGGCCACCGCUCGACGCGGUCAACGGGCUGCAGAAGGAACUCUUCGAGACCGUGACCAGUUUCAUUGAGCGUGGCUCCGUCAUCAAGCAGCGCGCCAUGCGCCUCACGGCAGCCAUGGUGGCUCACCAAAAGUACGUCGUCUCGGAGUCCAACGCCGUUCAGCUCGUGAAGCUCGUCCGUGCUGAGGUGAUGGAGCGGAAUGAAUACAUGUCCGUUUCCCUUAGUCUUCUCUACGCCAUCCUCGGCAAGCACGUGCAUAUCGCUGAAAUUUACGACUUGAUGGACAUCAUCACAGAGCUGCUGCUGCACUGGAGUGCGCAUCGCGUCAUUCGGCGCCGCUGCAUACUCAUCCUUGUCCGCUUCCUGUUGGAGUACCGCCUGACACCGGAGAAGUUCAAGUCACACAUUGACCUCUACUGCCGCAACCUCGACUACCCGGAGCUGACAGGGCGCACGGCGCUGCUGGAGCUGCUUGACGCGCUCGUUCUGCGACUGCCCGCCGUGAUCCUGCGCGAGGAGGCGCCAGUGUUGCUGGUGCCGCUAGCGGCGACGGUGACGGGCAGUGAAUGGGUGGAGUGUCGCUGGCAGGGUGGCACCGUUCUCCAGCACCUGGCACGCUGCGCCGGCGUCGAUGUGCUGGUCCCUAUCUUGUCAUCGUGGUUGGCCACCACGCAGUCGCGGGCGACGCGCAGCAUGGGUAUGCAGACAUGGGCCGCCAUUCUCCCUGGCCUGGCAGAGUUCUACGAGCUCAGCGCCGACCAGAACGGCGAGGACGAAGAGGGAGACGAAGACGCAGCAGCCGCCAAGGCGCAGAACCGUGCCGCCUUCCAGGCCUGUUGUGCGUGGUCGAUCUCAGCUGUGCUUGACGGAUGCAUGUUCGAUCAACUGGCGGCCUCGCGCCGUAACAAGCAGCUCAAUCAGCUGUCAGCGAAGUCACGUGAGAAGGUGGAGCUCGAGGGGUGGGCGUACAUUUUCUAUAGCUUGCGCGCCGCCGAAACAAUGCUGACGGCGCUGCCACACGAGCUGUACCCGCUGUUGGCGCCACGUCUUCUACCCCACAUCAUCGAGGUGCUCCUUCUGCACACGCACCCGUGGGUGCGUGCGGUGGCGAUGCGGGUGUUGCGAAACUACCUCUACAUCUACGUUGAGCGCCACUGUCGCUACCUGCAAGAGGACGCGUGGCAGGCGUGGACGUGCCAUCAGGCAGGCAGCGACACGACCGAGGAUGACGCCACGGCGAGCAAAGGCUGCGGCAACGUCUCUCUCAUAUUCGUCACGGAAGUGGCCAACACGCCCUCAAAGGCGGCCGUUGCUCAAGCCUUGCAGACCCUCCAAGUCUUCUUCAGCCUCGUGAAGCGUCUCCUGGGUCUCGUGAGCACGUCUGAUGUGGCCAUGGAGACGUACAACGCCCACCGCGCCAUUGCCAACCCGACUCGAAGCGAGUUACUCAAGGUCGCCAUCUACGUGCUGCGAGCUCAGACCCAACUUGCGCUCUUCGCCCUGACACGCGCCGCCGCGGCCGGUCGGCACCGCUACCAUCGAGAUGUCCAGCAGCGUGUGCGCAUCAUGUACACGUCGCUGCAGCAUCAACUCUGCUCCCUCACCUCUCCAGUGGUGCAUCAGGAAAGCCUUGUGAACUACAUGGUGCGCAGCACCACGCUGCUGCAGCUAUUUGGCGGCUGGAUGUCGGUGCUGCCACACGAGAUGGCGGACACUCCCACUGACGGAGAGGCGCUACACCUGGACGACGGCAUUUACAAUGCCCAGGUGCGGUGGCUGACGCAAACCCAACUCUGCCCGGCAGCGUUGCUACGCAAGUGUGUGGUGCCGUUGCUUGGGCUAGGGCUGCGAGCGAAGCCAAUCUCCGAGGAGAUCUCACUCGUUGCCUUUCAGGUGACGGGGGUGGUGGUGCAGCAACUGGAGGAGCGCCGCCACGAGCUGACCGCUUUGGUUUGUGCGAGUGAAUCGAUGGAAAAGAACGACGACGAGGCGCCGUUAGGCAAGAAGCGACCGCGCUCUGCGACGGCGCUGGACACAGUUGACGUCAGUGACGAAGCGGAUGCCGCUACUGGUCGUGUACCCUUGGAUGCGGUGCUCGCUACACUCAAUAUGCAGCUUGCCAGCAUCAACGGCGCUCGCCGCGAUCAGCAAGUAACACAGAACACGAAAAAGGCGCUGAAGCGCAGCCGUCGACAGAUGGUGCUGGAGGAACGCAAGCAGACGCAACAGUCCCGCUGCCGCACAGCCUCGUCCCGGAGAGGACGCAAAGAAGCACUUGUAGUGAAGAACACGCCCACGACGAAGACGUACCGCCGCAGCGCGUAG